AUGGCGUACCAAAAUAAAAUGGAUUUAAUGGAAGCUUACUUUAUGAACCACAAAGACAUAUCAUUAGCUUUGCGUUGGUACCGCGAAAGAUAUCCUGAUAGAGACAUACCUUCUCGAUAUGUGUUUAAAAGGAUGGUGGAUACUUUAAGCAAUUUAGUUCGUUUUGAUAUGCGCUUACAGAAUCCAGAACAGCGGGUGAUAAACGUCAACGACGAUGAACUUAACAUUUUAACUUACUUUGAGGCGUAUCCGAAGAGUUCAGUGAGGGAAGGUGAAGAAGAAAUUGGAAUUUCCAAGAGUAGAAUACACCGUGCAUUGAAAAAAUACAAGUUUAAGAGUUAUGUUGAAGGACGAUUAGUGCAAAAAUUACGCCCGGGAGAUGCUGAAAGACGUCUUAAUUUUUGCCACCAUAUUGAGAGGCUCAUCCUUGAGGAUCAAAAUGUUGUGGAGACCAUUAUUUGGUCAGACGUGUCAAACUUCAGUAACAAUGGUAUGUACAACCGGCGUAAUAAUCGUAUUUGAUCCAGACAGAAUCCCUUACGAAUCCGCGAGACUAAUGAUCAAGUGCUUU